AUGAGUUACAUAUUAAAAUACUUUGAUAAAUUUUUUAAUUUAAUUAAUAUAAGUAUAAACUAUUUUAUAUUAUAUAUAAAAAUAAUAUAUAAUGAAAGUAACAUAAUAAAUAUAAUAAAAAUUGUGCAAACGUGUUUUAACAGUAUGAAAAACAACAAUUAUAUAAUAUUGUUUGAAAUUGACUGUAUAAAAUAUAAAAGUAUAAUAAAAGAUAUAUUGUUUAAACUUUAUAGUUCUAUAACAGAUAUAAAAAAUAAAAUAGCUGUAAAUAGUUAUAUUAUAUUAAGCAAUAAUGAGUACCUGGUACAAGAAAAUAUUAUUGCUGAUAUUGUAUAUACUAUAAUAAAAAAUUAUAAAUUAAUAUAUGAAUCAUUUGAUAUUUAUAUAUUCUAUAAAUCAAGAGCAAUAAAAAUACAAUUUAUUGCUAUUUUAAAAUUUUUAAUAUCUAUAUUAGAAAAUUAUAUCAAAGAAAAAGAAAAAAAACCGUCCAUAUUUACCGUACAUCCAUUAUUUAAAAUUUUGAGAAAAUUUAUUAAGUUUUUAUUAUAUUGUGGAAAAGUUUGGACUUUUAUAGGGAUAUUGGUAUGUAUUUUUCAAAAAAUAAUAAAAAAUUAUAGAAUAUAA